AUGAAAAAGCAGAAGAGACGGAAAAGUGUAACUGAGGGAGAACACACCGUGGAGGAGAUGGACCAAUUGCGCCCCCCGGGGGAGGGCGAAAGAACACGAACGAAUUACAAACGGAAGCGCAAAAAUUACCGGGAGCUGUACAACGAAUAUAAUGAAAGUCGAAACAGCAAAAUCGAUUUUUCCUACUACAUAAAUAUAGAAUCGACGAUCCUAGAGCUGCUGCUAGAUAACAGUCUGGAGUCUUUUAAAAAUGCGGGGAAGCUGCUCUUUGUCAUUUUGUCUGGCUUGUCUCCCAGAGUGCUGUACCUGAAGAGAGUGCUAAAUUUGGUAAAUUUUUUUUUUUACAAAGGAGGGAUCAAAUUUUAUCACAGUGAUAUGCACUUGAAGAUACUCCUCUUCAUUUUUAAGCGAAUUAAAUCGAGGUAUAUGUUUCCCCGUCAGCGUAUUUUUAACCUCCUAAUGUCUAAUAAUAACUUAAAGGAGCUGGAGAAGUACAAAUAUGUGUACACCCCAAAGGGUACCUUCUUCACCUUUGUUGACCAUCUGUAUUACCAUAUAAAAGACUUCAUGAUCACGGUGAGGAAAAUGCUCAUGAAAGACUGGGUUGAAAAGGUACAGGCCAAAGCGUUAGCAUCGAACAAGUCUAGGGAAUACCUCCUAAAAAAACUUAAGGCCAGUGAAAAAAUCGUCAUAUAUAAAGAAACCGAUGAGGAAGUGUUAAUACAUUUCGCAAAACUGUUCCACAUGGAGUAUGCAAAAUCUUUGGAUAAAUCUCUGAAGCAGUUAAUACAGCAAUGCGUUAAGGUUAAUUUUCCCCUGCAUAGCAUCUACCUUGAUAUUUACAUUCUGUACAAUAUAAGGAACAUCGUGAAAUUGCUGGUGGUGAUAGACCAGCUGUUCUGCUCCCUCUUUCCCUACUACUACUUUUACGAAUUGAAAUUGAAGCUUCUGCUUCUGCAUAUACAUAAGUGCCAGGCGGGGGGGGCUGCUGCGAUAGCUGCUCCACUAGCAGACCGUGUAAAUGCCUCCACCGCCAUGGAGACAACGGAUGUGACGGCCAUGAAAAGCGAAGGCACCGGCAGCGCCUUUCCGAACGUGGCCGCCCCCCCCACGAAGAACCCCAUUAGCGCCAUUUCGCUGAUUAGAAGCCUCGGAGGGGGGAAGUCAGACGAGAAUAGCACCCUCGUGUAUGACGAAUCAUCUGUGGGGAACGUAAAUUACCAGCUGGAUAAAAAUGACCAGAGAGAACUACGAAAGUUGCUAAAACUGAGGAAAAGGCAGAAGGAGGAAGCCAAUGAAUAUCUCAACAGCCUGUACAGUAGUGACUCCAGCAAAAGUGACAGCAGCAAUUUAAGUGAACGAGGAAUGAAGCAAGACCUUCCAGGGGAUCAACAGUACAAUGAAAAUAAUGAUGAUGAAAAAAAUUUAUACUUAGACGCGUUUAUGAAUUUGUACAUUAACUGCACAGAGGGAAUGGUAAACAGUUUGCCGUCCCUCAGCGAGCUACACGAUUUUCACCCCCUCAAGCAGUUGAAUCAGAAAAUAAGAAGCAAGCGGGGGGGGGGAAACCUCAACAGUAUUGUCCUACCCAUGUUGAAGGAGCCAAAGAUAAAUGACAUCAACAGCGUAGACAUGAGCAUGAGCAUGAGCAUCAUGGAACAUGCCAAGGACCUCCUGGAGGAAAACGAUCUAGACAAUCACUUGAAUACAAAACAGGGUGAACUGUUGCCGGGGGGGGAUCCUGUUAAUACGAAAAAGGAGGAGGACAAAAAAGGAAAACUAGCGAGCCUUCCCAACAUUGAAAAUAUUCAUAAGGACACAUAUAACGAUAUAGCAUACAAUAUAAAUGUUGUUGCAGAUGUGGCCAAAAGUCUAAUGCACUCUUCAAAUUAUGACCCUAUAUAUGUAAAACUUUUUUACUUUUAUCUUUUGCCUAUCAUUUCGUUUGAAAAAAGAGUUGAGGUGUUUUUAACAUACGCGUACACGAGCUACAAAAUUAUGAAGCCACUAGUGUUUAUCAUUUUUUAUAACAACCACACGCCGACGUAUAUUCUUAACACAGUGAAGCAGAUUUUUAAAGAGGAUAAGUUCCUUUUUCAAAAAUAUAAAAGCACCUAUUUCAAUGGACUUUCCCUGAGAGACAUCCCGAAGAGCCACUUCAUCUUUCUGCUGCUCCUCUCCGUUUUUUUUUACGACCACAAGGCGGAGUCGCUCCUCUACAUGUUCAAACUGUUUUGCAACUACGACCAAGACGUCAUCAGCGACCAGGAGCGCGACAUCAACUACAAGAAAUUAUACGAAGACGUGGUGCUUGAAAAUGACCAGAAAUACACGGAGCAGAAGAAAAGCAUAAAUAUAAUAAUCAUAAAGUUUAUCGAAAUAUAUGAGGAGAAAUUUGGCACCCGCCUUUGCGACUACUUUGAUUUCUACAGGAUAUUUUUUAUACUCUUUGCUUCGUGCGUCGACAUGGAGUAG